AACUUGACGUCAGAGGAAGUGUGUGACUAAACUGGCGAUUACGGAAAUAACUGCUUAGGCAGAAUCAAAUAAAUAAAGGAUUAAUAUCGAGCCGCCACCCGUGUACGCCUGUAACACUGUCCACAAUGUCCAGGCAAUCCAACAGAACAACAGACAGCAAGAAGAUGAACUCUGAGCUGUUCACUCUGACGUAUGGGGCCCUGGUCACCCAGCUCUGUAAAGACUACGAAAAUGAUGAGGAGGUCAACAAACAACUGGACAAGAUGGGUUAUAACAUCGGAGUGCGUCUGAUCGAGGACUUCCUGGCACGGUCCAGCAUCGGCAGGUGUCAGGAUUUCCGAGAAACAGCUGAUGUCAUUGCUAAGGUUGCAUUUAAGAUGUACCUGGGAAUCACCCCCAGUGUGACCAACUGGAGCCCAGCAGGAGAUGAAUUCUCCCUCAUCCUUGAGAACAACCCGCUGGUUGACUUUGUGGAGCUGCCGGAUAACCACAGCACACUCAUCUAUUCCAACCUGCUGUGUGGGGUCCUCAGAGGAGCCCUGGAGAUGGUCCAGAUGGCUGUGGAUGUGAGAUUUGCUCAGGACACUCUGAGAGGGGACAAUGUGACAGAAAUCCGCAUGAAGUUUAUCAAGAGGAUUGAAGAAAAUCUCCCAGCAGGAGACGAUUGAUUGGAAAGAUCUUUCUCUCAGCUCCUUGUGUCUGUUUUGGGGAGUCACACAAGGAACAUCUUUACAUACAGACUGAAAGGAUGAAUGAAACUGAACUCAAAACAUCAAGAUGACUGGUAUAUCUCGAUAGCCCGAAGGAUAUGUACUUUCCUUGCAACUUUACUUGUCACUCUUCAAUUUCUGGUAUCUUCAUCUCUGUUUGUUUUUUUUCGAUCGGAGUUGUUUGGAGAAGAAUACUAGGAAUUUGAAGAGAAACACUGUACACUAUUGAAACACAACAUAAGAUCAUUACAUGGCCCCGCUACUUUGAUUAUCUUAGGGGUUUAAUGAAAAUGCUUGGCACUGAUCCGUGGUCCAGUUUGAGGGGAAAAGUUAUUGCAGGUCUGUGCCUAAAUGACUGUCGCUGUUGCCUCUCACCAUUUAUCUGUCACCAUCUCUCAUGGAAAGUUACUGUUGUAUCUUGAAAGAAUGAUGUCCUUACAUCCUAAUGUUUUUAUGUUUGUCUUGUUUGUUUUCUUUCCUUUUUUUUUUUUUAAGAAAUCACACUCUAUAUUGCUGCCAACUAUAUGGCAUGUUAAUUUAUGUAGAUGGAUGUGUCAAAUAAAGGUGACAUAUUUAA